GCAGACUUUAGGAGUUAGUUCAUGUCAAGACAUCACAUCUAUAAAGAUCCAGACAGAAACAAAACAGAAAAAACAGAAGUGGACAUUGUGAUUUUACUUGAUUGGAGAAGGCAUCACUGAGAUAGCACCAUGUCAGAUGAUGGGGCGAACAUCACCUUCACCACCCCGGAGUAUGACUAUUCACAUUACUAUGACUAUCAGGGCGUCGCUCCCUGCAGCUCCGUCAGUAUGAAAUACUUCAGCAGGUUGUUUGUGGCCAUUCUCUACAGUCUGGUUUCCAUCCUUGGCUUCAUAGGUAAUGGCCUUGUGGUGUGUGUCCUGGUGAAGCAUCGCAACCAGACCAACUUGACAGACAUCUGCCUCUUCAACCUGGCUCUCUCUGACCUCCUCUUCGUCAUCGUGCUGCCUUUCUUCUCUCACUACAUGGUGGUCGGCCAGUGGACCUUCGGAGAUUUUAUGUGCCGCCUCACCACUGGCUCCCACACCGCUGGCUUCUUCAGCAGCACCUUCUUCAUGGUCGUCAUGACGCUGGACCGCUACAUGGUCAUCAUGCACGCUCACAAGAUGGCGGGAUAUCGCACGAAGAGGGCAGGCCUUAUUCUGACUGUGUUGGUUUGGAUUCUGAGCUUGUGUGUCUCUCUGCCUGCCUUCAUCUUCACAAAGGUGACAGAUGAGUCUUAUGGGUACGGAUGUACCGACUCCCCAGAUAACGAGUACUGGACAAAUUACGACCUGUUCACAACAAAUGUACUGGGUCUUGUGAUUCCCUUGCUGGUGAUGGUAGUUUGCUACUCCAGGAUCAUCCCCACGCUGGUGAACAUGAGGACUGCAAAGAGGCACCGUGUUGUCAAGCUGAUCAUCGCUAUCAUGGUUGUCUUCUUCUUGUUCUGGGCCCCAUAUAACAUCUCCCGUUUUUUGAAGUUUCUGCAGUCUAAAAAUAUGAUAUCAUCCGAUUGCACCUGGGACCAAAACAUAACACUGGCAAUAGCAGUGACUGAGGCCUUUGCUUACACUCACUGCUGCCUGAACCCCGUCAUAUAUGCCUUUGUGGGGCAGAAGUUCAUGAAACGAGUCUUGCAGAUGCUGAAAAAGUGGGUACCUGGAAUCUGCAGAAAUUUGCCAGAAAGCUCAUUCAGGAAAAGCUCAAUUCUGUCCAGGUCCUCUGAUGUCACCUCCACUGUUAUAAUGUAGGCAGAAUGGAUGACUGAAAUAUGUUUUUAUCAUCAGCAGGGUUUGACAGCUUUCAUCCAGGUAGCCUCGUUAUUCCUGUAGAUCAUGCGUUCUUCACUUUACAAUGUUUUGUUUUGUUUGUUUUCUACUUUCCACCUAUGACAGUUGUAUUAAUCAGUGUUUUAUUGUUAGAAGCUUCAUAUGCAUCCUUAAACACCUUUGGCAUCAUUUGCCUUUUGUAUUUGCAGUGGAGAAUCUUGUUUUGACUAUAAGCUCCCAUAUGCACAGGUCUGGACGCUGUAAUUUUACCCAGUUAUUCUGCAAAACUGUCAGGUUGCGUACGGACUGUGAGUGAACUGCAAUUUUUCAAGUCUACCCACAAAUUCUCAGUUGAACUGAGGUUUGAGACUCCAAGUUGGCCACUCUACAACAUUCACUUUGUUGUCUGUAAACCAUUUCUGUGUAGCUUUCGCUGUAUGUUUAGAGUCAUUACCUUGCUGGAAAAAAUAUCUUCAAAGUUGUGGAUCAGUUGGAGACUUCAUCAUAUAUUUUGCUGCAUUCAUUUUACCCUCUACCUUUACAAGCCUUCCAGGACCUGCUGUUCCUCACAUCAUGGUGCUGCUAUCACCAUGCUUCACAGUGGGGGCGGUGUGUUUGUGAUGAUAUGCAGUGUUCGGUGUCUGCCAAGCAUGGUGCCUAGUCUGCUGAACAGAAAGCUUAAUUGUGGUCUCAUCAGACCAAGGAAUCUUCUUCAGUAGACUUCAGAGUCUCAUACAUGCCUUUCUACCUUUUAUAUGCAUUUUCUAAACUCCAUGAAAUGCCCCUCCCUCCCCUGCUGACGCUGAGAGGAAACUAAACAGUGUUUCAAACCUGUAACCACAAAGUUUGUUUGCCUGCGCCUGUAUCUGAAAACCUUCCUGCUUUAGUAGGUUUCUUUUCACACAUUUUGUUUAGCCUGCAACUUGGCGGAAAAUAAUAAAAUAUCUAAAAGCUAAAAGAAGAAAUCUCUUUCAUAACAUGGAAUGAAUUAGUCUUUACUUUCAUGUGGAAAAAAUUCUUCACCAAAAGAUAACUGAAAGCGACAACAGUGGAACUAUUUUCAUCUGGCACAUUUUGCACAUUGAUAUGCCAUCUUUUAUCAUUAGUUGAUAAUUUGUUGAUGGCGAACAAAUUUGCCAGUAUUGUUUUAUGCUUCACCUUUUUGUGUGUGUGUGUGUGUGUGUGUGUGUGUGUGUGUGUGUGUGUGUGUGUGUGUGUGUGUGUGUGUGUGUGUGUGUGUGUGUAUAUAUAUAUACAGAGAGGGAGAGUGGGUGUGUGUUUAGGUGUCUGAUUUUAAUGCUGAUUACAUUCUUGUACAUUUUUGCCUCAGUUAAUUAUACUGCUAUUUCAGAUGUGAUUUGCACAACAUCUGUACAAUGCCUUGCAUUUAUUCCCAUAUUCUUGCUUAAUGCUCUAUGACUCAUUUGCAGAUAUUCUAGGUUAUACUCCUUUCUGUUGUUGUGGUUUGUUUGUUGUAUCAUGUAAAUAGAGUUUGUAUCUGUACUUUGCCACCGGAAAUUAUUAAAGUUUUACAUUCUUUUACCA